AUGGAGAAACUCGAAAGCACAUGCGCAUCAUUGCGUGCACAAAUAACUGCCACAGAAACCAGAUUGGCGGGGUUGCGACGCGAGCUCGAAAGCGCAGAAAAGGCCGCCAUAGUAAUUAGGAAACAGGAGGACACAAAGGCAGAAGAAGGGAACAAGGGUCGCGAGACGAGGACAUGGCCGCUUCUGGGGGAGGAGUAUCGGCGCUAUGGGAGACAGAUGAUCGUGCCACAGCUUGGGCUUCAAGGCCAAUUGAAACUUCGAUCAUCGAGAGUCCUGAUUGUUGGCGCCGGAGGGUUAGGAUGCCCAGCUGCGCAGUAUCUUGCCGGAGCCGGAGUUGGCACAUUGGGCCUGGUCGACGGGGACACGGUCGAGUUCUCGAACCUCCAUCGCCAGGUUCUACAUCGAAGGAGGACUGUUGGGAAGUUCAAGGUGGAUAGUGCGAUUGAGUAUCUUGAAGAAUUAAAUCAUCACUCUACAUAUAUCCCCCACAGAGCACACCUUACACCUCAAGACGCACCUGAGAUCUUCAAAGACUACGACUUGAUUCUAGAUUGUACAGAUAACCCCGCAACCCGUUACUUGAUCUCGGAUACUGCAGUACUGCUUGGGAAAGCGCUGGUUUCCGCCUCCGCAUUGCGAACCGAAGGCCAGCUUAUGGUCCUGAACAACCCUCCUCGACCUGCUGGAGACGCGACUGGAGGACCAUGCUACCGAUGCGUUUUCCCGAAGCCACCCCCGGCGAACAGCGUUGUCAGUUGCGCGGACGGUGGGAUCCUUGGACCUGUGGUGGGGACGAUGGGUCUUUUGCAGGCGUUGGAGGCGAUCAAGGUUAUUACUGCCAGUGAUGAUGCACCUCGUAAUCCCCCAUCACUUCUCAUAUUUUCUGCAUACUCCUCGCCACAGUUCCGGAGUAUCAAGCUCCGCUCCCGCCGGGCGAACUGCGCUGUGUGCUCCGCUGAGGCUAGCGUAUCGUUGGAUACAUUGAAGUCAGGGUCAACCGACUACGCAUUUUUCUGCGGGACAGCAACCCCUGAGACACUGCUCUCUCCAGAAGAACGCAUUUCACCGCAAGAAUAUCGAACAAAACAUCCUGACACAUUCGCGCCUCAAUCGGGACCUACCCCUGCCGCAGAUGACAAGCAGCACACAAUAAUAGAUGUCCGCGAAAAAGUCCAGUUCGACAUCUGCAACAUCGACCACAGCAUCAACAUCCCAAUCUCGAGCAUUCUCUCGUCUCGCCCAGCUCCGGCUGAAGAGGAUGGGACCCCUGCUCCGUUGCCUACCUGGCUUCCAGAGAACAUCACUUCUCCAGAUUCCACUGACCCUGUAUAUGUCGUGUGUCGUCUUGGGAAUGAUUCGCAGGUUGCCGUGAAGAGGCUUAAAGAACUUGGAUUGGACCGUGGAGGGCAGAGAUUCAUUGGUGAUAUACAGGGUGGACUGCAUGCCUGGAGAAGACAAGUAGAUCCGGAGUGGCCUGAGUAUUAG